AUGGAGUUUGCGAUGGUGGGAGCGGACGGGGGGUGCAACAGUCACAUGCCGUACGGCUAUGCCCAAGCCCGCGCCCGGGAGAGGGAGCGAGAGAGGGAGCGCCAGGCGGCCCAGUCCAGAGCGGCUGCCGCGGCGGCGGCGGCCGAGAGCGGAUCCGGAGCGGAUGGCGGAGGCGUCGGCUGUGAGGGGUCUUCCUCUUCAUCCACCAGCUCAUCGGGCGCGCAUCUCCUUAACAACCGUCAGCAUCCGUCUCGCGCCGCCUCCUCCAGCGCGAACAUCAGCAGCUCCUCCUCCUCUUCCUCCUCCUCCUUCUCUCAGGAUCCCGAGAAGCAGAGACUCCUCAGAGAGCGCAAAAAGCAACGCGGCGUCGGACGCUGGAGACGCAGCCGUACCACUCUCGGCGGGGAUCUGCGCCACUCCGAACUGGCGUUGCUCGGAUCCGAGGAGGACAUCAUGAUCGAAGAGGAAGAGUGCGCCGAGGACGACGAGGAGGACGACGAGGAGGAGCGAGUAACCAAGCGCUCCAGUUUUUUGUGCCACAUGGAUGACGAUGAUGAUGAUGAGGAGGAGGAGGAGGAGGGCGACGACGAGACCGUCUCGAUGACCGACAGACGUCCUCAGUCCGGAUAUGCCAAUGUUUACAGUGAGUUGGGCUGCUGCGAGAGAGUUGUUAUCAACGUGUCGGGGCUCAGGUUUGAAACUCAGCUCAAGACUCUCACUCAGUUCCCUGACACACUCCUGGGGGACCCAGAAAAGCGCAUCCGGUACUUCGACCCGUUGAGGAAUGAGUACUUCUUUGAUCGCAACAGACCGAGUUUUGACGCUAUUCUGUAUUAUUACCAGUCUGGGGGGCGCUUGAAAAGACCCGCCAAUGUCCCUUUUGACAUUUUCUCAGAGGAGGUGAAGUUUUAUGAACUCGGAGAGGAGGCCAUCCUGAAGUUUCGAGAGGAUGAGGGUUUUGUUAAAGAGGAAGAGAAGCCUCUGCCAGAGGAUGAGUUCAAGCGCCAAAUCUGGCUGCUGUUCGAGUACCCUGAGAGCUCCAGCCCGGCUCGAGGCAUCGCGGUGGUGUCCGUGCUGGUCAUCGUCAUCUCCAUCGUCAUCUUCUGCCUGGAGACGUUGCCUGAGUUCAGGGACGACAAAGAGUACUCGCAGCCCCGGCACAAUUCCACGCAGCCAGAGCGCGGCUUUACCCCGUUCAACGACCCUUUUUUCAUCGUGGAGACUGUGUGCAUCAUUUGGUUCUCCUUUGAGAUCGUGGUGCGCUUUUUUGCGAGCCCCAGUAAAACGGCGUUCUUCAAGAACAUCAUGAACUCAAUUGACAUUGUUUCCAUUCUGCCUUACUUCAUCACCCUGGGCACAGACCUGGCGCAGCACCAGGGCAACGGGCAGCAGGCCAUGAGCUUCGCCAUCCUGAGAAUCAUCCGCCUGGUCCGGGUGUUUCGCAUCUUCAAACUGUCCAGACACUCGAAGGGCCUCCAGAUCCUGGGUCACACUCUGCGUGCCAGCAUGCGGGAGCUCGCGCUGCUCAUCUUCUUCCUGGUCAUCGGUGUUAUCCUCUUCUCGAGCGCUGUUUACUUCGCCGAGGCGGACGAGCCCACCUCUCAGUUCACCAGCAUCCCGGAUGCCUUCUGGUGGGCCGUAGUGACGAUGACCACAGUGGGCUACGGGGACAUGAAGCCCAUCACCGUGGGUGGCAAGAUCGUGGGCUCUCUGUGCGCUAUCGCUGGCGUCCUAACUAUCGCGCUCCCGGUGCCGGUCAUCGUUUCCAACUUCAAUUACUUUUAUCACCGCGAGACCGACAACAACGAAGACCAGGCGCAACCGGUGGUCCAGAGCAUGCCACCCGGAUGCCCCUACUUCCCGGACUUUUUGCGCCAACUGAAAGGCUCGCCGUCCGGCUCUUCACUGGGCGACAAAGCCGAGUACAUGGAGAUGGAAGAAGGGGUGACGGAGUCCCUGUGCGGCCUUGACAAGAGCCCCAGUAAAGGCAACAACGGAACAGACAUAAGCAGAAGGAACAGUACAAACUCCAAAUCUAUUCAGACUGACGUGUGAUUACAAAUAUUUUUCUUUUUGUUUUCAUUUCCUGGAGGAAAAAAUAACAAUCCUACAUAUGUAUUGUUAGUCACCCAAACAAGUUUGACGCACGGGCCAUGCAGAGCUCCCCCACCACCCAACUCCUUUUUUCCUCCUCCUCUCUACAAGCGCUUAGAGGUCACCGUGGUUAGAGGGUCACACACAGCUUGGCCACAUCAGGAAGACCGAUAAUCUCGAAUGGCUCAUUGAUUUAGACUUUUGCUGGCUUCCAAAUUAGACAUAUGACAUUAUCGAAAAGAUAGGCUCUGCACUCGCACUUUAUGAUUUUAAUCUAUCAACAGCAGGAAUAAUUAUCGAUAGUCAAUUUGUUCGUAUACAAUAUAGCCACGUUUUGUUUGCACUCAAGAGGAAUUUGUGCUGGAAUAACAUAUUUUUUUAAAAACAACUAGCUAUUGUUCCACUAUUUAACAAAACAUUCAUACAGACUUUUUGAAAACGUUUCAAUAUUCUGAACCCCUGCCAAUGAAAAGGACUCCCUUACCCUAAUUGACAACUUCAUGCAAAUUCAUUAUUAGUUUACACUCUUCUUGGAUCUCCAAGCAUGUAUAAAGUGGAGCUCAAUGAAAGGGCGGUGCAUUUAGCAGUCAUCACGUAAACCAGGGCUAGAAAUACUCAUGUUGUACUGUGCACCCAUGAUGAGAGCUAAGCACAGAAUCAGGAGGUAGGAUUUUUCCCUCCAUCUUUUUGAAUGGAUAGGCCUCAAGAUAUGACAUCAGUGUCACCAAAUACAUUUACUGUAAGUCACCCCCCAAACAAUAAUAUCCCUUUACAUGGACCCGAACGGAAUGCUGAAGCAAAAAAAAAAAAAAAAAAGACUCCAUUGAAGAAACUCCUUGUGAGCAGGUUGUGAGCAACUUCCCAAUGUUAGCUGGAUUGGUGUACAUUUUUCUUUCUCAUUUUUUUUAAUACUCAAGAGGACACUAACUAUCUCAUCAGAAUGUG